UCAGUUAACACGCCGGGUCUGGAAUAUUAACUCUAACGCAGUGAUGAUGCCGACUCUGUCACCAUUCUCGGGUUUUCCUGCCUCCACACUGAGCGAGCAGCUCAAACUUGGUGAAAUGUUCAACCUGCAGACCACCAUCACAUCUACCGAGCUCAUGCACACCAACAAGAGACCUCUGAGCCUUCUACAGAGUGAGGUUGCUGAUGAGAAUGAAAGGAGGAAGAGGAGGAGAGAGAAGAACAAAGUGGCUGCAGCUCGCUGUCGAAACAAGAAAAAAGAGCGGACCGACUUCCUACAUAAAGAGUCGGAGAGGCUGGAGGUGCUGAACGGCGAGCUGAAAUCUCAGAUCGAGCUCCUGAAGCAAGAACGCCAGCGUCUUGUCCACAUGCUCAACCUGCACAGACCUACCUGUAUCGUCCGCAGAGACAGUGUCCAAACCCCCGAGAGCGAGAAGAACCCUCUGCUGGAGCAUGUCUCGACAAAGUGAGGUCCUACAAAGACGCGUGUAGAGAUGAACGGAGCUUGAAUUGGUUCUGAGCCCAGACCAGGAGCUGAAUUUCUGCUUUACAUUCUGAGUUCAUUUUCCAGCAAGACUCAUGAGAUGAAGAGAUUGAGACACGGCCUGAGGGAUUAAGAUGCAGCUGCUUGGAUGAUCAGAUGCUGCUUCACUUUUACCAUGCAAACUUACUUGGGAACCACAAAGAUCAUGUUCUGUUACCAAAGUACAAGAAAGUUUCGUGUAGGAGAAGCAGGAAGAGAAGCAGGAGGAGAAGCAGGAUGGAGAUAUGAUACGUAUGAGGAAUCUGAGUCAUCUUAAUCAGGCUUCCGUGAGUCUCCCUGGAUUGCACAUAAGAUACAGCCGGUACAAUACUGUUACUGUGGACACUUAAGUAUUUACCCCAUCUGUCUUCGGUUUAUGUGGAAGUUGCCAAGUCUAUAGUAUUUACAAUGUCUUCCAAGAGUCCUCAUUUUGGACGAAGAGAAACGAGCAUCACAAGUGUCCUUCUCUGAGAGGCCAAUCCUAUGAUUUCUGGUGGAUUGGACUGAGGGAUUAGUGUGUUUGAUUAAUACAUGGUGUUGUACUAUUUACUAUGAUGGAGAAGAAUAGUGGUGCAGGUACAGUGCACUUAAAGCAAUCAGAUGAACUAAUUACAGCUCGUUACUUUUUUAGUGAAUCAGUUAUAAGGUUUAUAACUGUUAAUGUUCCGUUUACUUACCAAAAAACUCUUUAUGUGAUCAGUAAAAUAGCUGAUUCUACUGUGUUACCUUAUAUGCAGCAGUAAAAUAGAUUAACAACAAGAAAAGGUAAAUACUUUGUUUUUAAUAGGAAAAUAGCACAACAGCUGAAUCCAAAACGAUGCAAUAUUUCAUGUGCGCCAACUUCCAAACACAGAGGGUUUAAAUAAAUGAACUAAACAGGGAACAAGCCACUGCAAACAAGAACAGGAAAAUCGUGAGAGAUUAGGGUCAUUAUUAUGGCACAAUAAAAACCUACAAUUCUUUGUCUAAUUCAAUGACGUUUACUUUAAUUUCACUUUGUAGAUAAACACCAAUAAACAAAGCUUCAGACUCAGCAAUUUAAUUUAAUUCUUACUCAGGGUUGCAGAGGGUUUGGUUCUGGACGCCGGGCAGGAAUACCCUGAACAGGGUACCAAUCCUUCAGAUUGGGGCUUUGGCUAUCCAUCUUCCCUCAGACAUAGCUAAUUGUGUCUGUGUAGGUUCCAGACGGCUGAUAGCCCUGCUGCUCAUUUUUCUAAUUUGUCCAUUUGUUUGAUCGUAUUUCUUUAGCUUUUUUUUUUAUUUUUUGAUUAUAACUGGCACAUUGUAAUAAUGCCAACAUUGCUCUUUUUUGCCAUUAUUGAAGCGAAAAGCACUAGAUGGAAACAAAACCACUUAAUCGUACUGUACAGUUCUCUGUGCAGCCACUAGAUGGCGGCAUUGAUAUUAUGAGGAUUGUUCAAGACACGACCCAUUUCCUACGACGAUACUGAAUGCAAACAAUCCGAUGUAAAAUUUAACCUGGUCAGAUGAAACUAUUACCAGAGGUUUUAGUUGAUCAGUGCUGUUUGAUGGGAUUCUGAUUGGAUUCACUAAUGCAGUUUUCCUGUAGAAGAUUUAAACAGCUGCUAUGAAGCAUUAAAAUCCUCCAAUCGAAUCACUGGAGUGAUUCUGAUUCUGUACUGUAUGUUUCCUGCACUUAUGGAAUAUAAUAAGAUGAAAUGUAAUAUUGUUCUCACUUGAUGCAAUUAAAUGUAUUUCCUGUGUUAUUUUAUACUCUAUUAUUAUUGAUCUGCUGAGACCUGCUGUGCGGAGUCUCACGGGUCUCUGUGCUUCUAAAUGAUGUUUUUUGUACGUUGGAAAUAAAAUGAA